GUUUUUUUUUUUACAUAAAUUGCAUAGCAAAGUCCACUUCUUAAUAAUAUAUUCUUGAUGUAAGUAUUGUCUCGUGCAAUCGUAAUCAUGAAUCGUGCUGGAUCAUCGAAAGUCGUGCAACAUAACCUCUCUUCAAUGCUUCAGAGUGACCAGGAUCGCGAUUUUCGGCAACGCGAACCAACGCUUUAUACUGUCAAAGGUAUGGCCAUUCUGGACAACGAUGGCAAUAGAAUAUUAGCUAAAUAUUAUGAUAAAAAUAUAUUUCCUACAUCAAAAGAGCAAAAGACAUUUGAAAAAAAUCUUUUCAACAAAACACACAGAGCAAAUGCAGAAAUUAUUAUGCUGGAUGGUUUAACAUGUGUUUAUAGGAGUAAUGUAGACUUAUAUUUUUAUGUUAUGGGAAGUUCUCAUGAAAAUGAGUUGAUUUUAAUGAGUGUAUUAAAUUGUUUAUAUGAUUCAGUAAGUCAAAUUUUAAGAAAAAAUGUCGAAAAGAAAGCUGUUUUAGAUAGCUUAGAUAUAGUCAUGUUAGCAAUGGAUGAAAUUUGUGAUGGAGGAAUAAUUCUUGAUGCUGAUGCCACAAGUGUAGUUCAAAGGGUGGCAUUAAGAACUGAUGACAUUCCACUUGGAGAACAAACAGUCGCACAGGUUUUGCAAUCUGCAAAGGAACAACUCAAGUGGUCAUUACUAAAAUAAGAUUUAUGUAUUAAAAAUCGUAUGAAAUAUUCAAUUGUAUGAAAUAUUAUUUUAAAAUAUAAAAAAGUAAAAAAUUG